GCAACAACAACAACUGGAGUUUAUAAUUAUUUGUAUUUUUUUUUUUGUUGUUUUCGGAAAAUUCUCGCUUUGGAGCAGAGAAAAAGGUGGGCGUGGGAGGAGGAAAGGCGCUGGCACUGCCAUGAUUACCUAGCGGAGGUGUGGCGAAGAGACCCACGAUAUGAACUCUUGAAAACUAACUCUUGAAAUAAAAUACGGCAAUACAAAUGCUAGAAAUACAGAAACAACACCACAAUAUGUUCAAUAUGAAAAGGCAAACGAAAAGCAAGUUAAAGCUCAUGGAAGUGGAAGAUAUUCUUUCACUGCCUGGAAUAGAAGCACGAGAAACUGAUGAGGUAUUAGCAACAACAACAACAACAGCAACAACAACAACAGCAACAGGAGAAAAAGCAACAGAAGCAACAAGAACGCUUGGCAACAUUUGUGUGUUGUGCCGGCAAAAGAUGGCGUCGGACACAUGUUGCUAUCGGCAAGCAGUGGAAGCAGUUGACCCGCCCACAAGCAGUAAGCAGGAAAGCAGUUUUCUGGCGCAAAGCAGUGGAUACUGUGCGAAGCUAUUAGCCGUUGUUCAAUUAAAAUUUGAGCUUUUCCUCAAGCGCAUGGCAUUUUUUAUUGGUACGGCCAAUGAAACGAGAACCUUCCACAAGCGACGUCGACGACAGCAGCAUCGGCAACAGCAGCAGCACACAAAAUUUAUAAAUUUUACAAAAUUCCUAUUGCUGUUACAAGCCCUAGCAGCAGCUGCAACCACAAGACUGAGUUCAUGCCGUAACUACAACUACAACUACAACAACAACCAGCAGCAACAACAACAACAACAUAAUCAACAACAACAACAAUUAGCAAGUAAACGUGCCACAUCACAAGUUCAACCGAAAAGGAGGCAACAGCAACAUCAUAAACAUCAUCGGCAGUGGGAACCAUUAUGUUACAAAUACCUUCAUCGGAUGAUGUAUGCAAACAUCAUUCUUAACUUGAUGCUCGUGAAUGUUGCUACUGCGGCGGUCUUGGAGCUUCAGUCCAUGCACCAGGACGAUAUAGCCGAUAAGCUGGAAGUCCUGCGGGAUAGAAUCCGACUGGAGAGGAGCGAAAGAGCCGUCAGCCAACCGAACCAGCCCAACCAGCCCAUGCGGUUGUCAAGAGAUGAACACCCUUGCAAAUCAAUGGACAUACGGAAUACAGCGGAUUCUGUCAACUAUCUGGGCAACUGCACCAAGAUCGAGGGCUUCCUGCUGAUAUCCCUUAUAGACGCACCACAAAUCAUCACCGGCACCUUUCCCCUGCUCACGGAGGUCACCGAGUUCAUAAUUGUGUAUCGGGUCUGGGGCCUCGAAUCGCUGGCCCAGCUCUUUCCCAACCUGAGCGUGAUUCGUGGCAACGCCCUGUUCGACGGCUACUCGCUGACGGUUCACUCCAAUCCGAACCUCAAGUACGUGGGUCUCACCAAGCUCCGUUCGAUCACCAACGGCCUGGUGCGGAUCGAGAAGAAUGCCAACCUCUGCUAUGCCAACACUGUGGAUUGGUUGUCCAUCAUGGCCGAGAAUGCCACCGCGUCCGAUUUUACGGUACUGAACGGUGAUCUGAGCUCCUGCGAGGCAUGCCCGGUGAAGUCACGGAGCGACGAUACGGGCAUAAGUUGUAAGCAGUAUCCCAACAAGAAGAGCUACUGUUGGAACUCCAACUCCUGCCAGACAAUUUGUCCGGAGAGGUGUCGGGACAACUGCAUCGAUGAAAACACCUGCUGCAGCAAAGCGUGCCUGGGUGGCUGCGUCCGGGACAGUAAUGGCAACGAAAACUGCAUCCGUUGCCGGCACGUGUCGGUCAACAACACCUGCGUGGACUCUUGUCCAUCAAACUACUUCCGGUAUGAGCAGCGUUGUGUUACGGCGGAGAUGUGCCUGAAGAUGGGCACGAAGUUCGAGAACGCGGAGCUGCCGCUGGUUCCCUUCCAGGGCGUGUGCAGUACCAAGUGUCCCCUGGGCUACGAACUGAAGAACAAGACCUGCGUCAAGUGCAUCAACUCCUGCGAGAAGGAGUGCUCUGCGACACUCAUCGAUAGCUUGGUUCGGGCUCGGGAAUUCCAUGGGUGUACCAUUAUCAACGGAGCCAAGGAUAUGCCCCUGACCAUUAGCAUCAAGAGGGAAGGAGACUCGCACGUCAUGGAGGCUUUGGAGUAUGGAUUCUCGACAGUGCACACUAUAAGGGGCUCCCUCAAGGUUCACCUCACCUAUGGGCUGACCUCGCUCCGUUUCUUCCGGUCCCUUCGCGAAAUUAGCGGCGACUCGUUGCAGGACGAUCUGUUUGCUUUGUAUGUGCUCGAGAACAACGACCUGGAGGAGAUCUGGGCGCCCAACCAGACUGUGUUCAUCCGGAAUGGUGGAGUAUUCUUUCACUUCAACCGAAGACUGUGCGUGGCCACCAUAAACACCUUGCUUCCUAUGUUGGCCAGCAAGCCACCGUUCUUCAACAAGAGCGACGUGGCCACCGAUUCGAAUGGAAACCGAGGAACCUGCGGCACUUCUCCCUUGCAGGCCCGCGUCUUACAAGUCAGCGCCUCAAUGGCCACCGUUUGGGUCAACAAGGACAUGAUCUCGGAGGGCGAGAAGGAGAACAGCACGGCCACAAUUGUGUUCAAGGACCCGCGUGCCUUUAUUGGUUUCCAGUUCCUGCACGCCCUCGAUCCCUACGGCAACAUCACCAAGAGCAGCGAUCAGCCCUGUGAUGACACCUGGACCGUCAGUGCUCCCACCAAGGAUGGUCGCUAUCUUUUCGACAACCUGCGGCCAUAUACAAAAUAUGCCUUCUAUGUCCGGACAAUGGCCAUCUCCUCGGAGACGACCAAUGGCCAGAGCGACAUCAUACGCUUCCGGACGGAUCCGUCCCAGCCAUCCCAAGUACGCAAUGUGGAGGCGGUUUCCAACUCGGACACCACAAUUGACAUCACGUGGAACCCGCCAAGCUUUCCCUACGGCGAGAUGAGCCACUACGAGGUGGUCAUCAAGCUGAUCAAUGACACCAACGAAAACCUGACCCGCAACUACUGCAAAGAUCCCAUUACCAAGUACACGGAUGACGACCCGAAACCAAAGCCUGCUCUGCCGGAGAAAGUCCUGGACCCCGAUAAUGCCAAGUGCGACUGUGAGAACAAGCGCAAGGGCGGCGGCGGCGGCGCCCAGGAGUACGACGACCGGAAGAUUCAUGUGGGCAUUGAGUUCGAGAAUGCCUUGCAGAACUUCAUAUAUGUAUCGAAAUCCAAAUCGUCCGAAAAGAGAGCACCCAAGGGUUCUGUGUCGGACAUGGCGGCCCUAGAGUCCAAUGCCAUCGGUGGCAACGAUAAGGCCGCUCGUCGGAAAAGGGAGAUCGACCUGGAGCUGGAGGACGAGAUGAUGGAUGUGCACAGCAGUUUCCUGCUCCGGCAUGUGCGCUCCACGCGAAAGAAAUUCUUCCCGACGGACACCAAGAAGGCCCACAACGAGACUACCAAGUUGUCGGCUAACAAGAACUUCUACGAGGUCUUCGUGGGAAAGGUUCCGGCCAAUCAGACGUCCUUCACGUUCCAAAAGCUCCAUCACUUCACCCAGUACGAGAUCUAUGUGUAUGCCUGCCGCAAGGAGACUACGGAGAAGAACGAUUCCGAAGCGCUCUGCAGUCACGCCAAUGAAAUCUACUGGAAGACCAAGAAGAAGGAUGACGCUGAUACGGUAACGGAUCUGAGGGUGGAACUGGGGAAUGCCAACAAUACGAGACCGGCGGUUAAGCUGUUUUGGAAGCCCCCCGCCGAUCCCAAUGGCCAGAUAAUCUCAUACGACCUGGAGUACACACUGGUGGGUGAGACGCAGGUGCAGACGCAGUGCAUCCCCGCCUCAGAAUAUGGCAAUCUGACCGAGGGCUAUGAACUGAAGCUGACCGAGGGCGAGUACAGGUUCCGGGUGCGGGCCAAUACCUUCGCGGGAUACGGAACGUACACAGGAUUCGAGAACCAAGUGGUGCCGUCACCCCAAAGCUUUGUGAAGCAUCUCAUCUGGAUACUGUGCCUCAUUGUCGGAGUGGUGUGCAUCGCCUUGGUGAUCGCCCUGCGGUCGCUGCGCGCCAAGAAGAGUCCCAACGAACUGCACAUCAACACGGAGGUGAAUCCGUUCUACCACAGUAUGCAGUACGUGCCCGACAGCUGGGAGGUGUCCCGCGAAAGCAUAAUCCAGCUGGCGCCGCUGGGCCAGGGAUCCUUCGGUAUGGUGUACGAGGGUAUCCUCAAGUCGAUUGAAGGCACCGAUCGUGAGUGCGCCAUUAAGACGGUGAACGAGCAUGCCACGGAUCGGGAGCGAAGCAACUUCCUCAGCGAGGCCAGUGUCAUGAAGGAGUUCGACACCAAUCAUGUGGUGCGGCUGCUGGGCGUCUGUUCGCGUGGCCAGCCGGCGCUGGUGGUCAUGGAGCUCAUGAAGAAGGGCGAUCUCAAGUCCUACCUGCGUGCCCAUCGCCCCGAAGAGCGGGACGAGGCCAUGAUGACGUAUCUCCAGCGUAUCGGUGUUACGGGGAAUGUCCAGCCGCCGACCUACGGAAGGAUCUACCGGAUGGCCAUGGAGAUUGCGGACGGCAUGGCCUACUUGGCGGCCAAGAAGUUCGUGCAUCGGGAUCUUGCGGCAAGAAACUGCAUGGUGGCCGAUGAUUUGACCGUGAAGAUCGGUGACUUUGGAAUGACGCGGGAUGUCUACGAGACGGACUACUAUCGCAAGGGCACCAAGGGCCUGCUGCCCGUGAGGUGGAUGGCGCCGGAGAGCUUGCGAGAUGGCGUCUACUCCAGUGCCAGUGAUGUGUUCAGUUUCGGCGUGGUCCUGUGGGAGAUGGCCACCUUGGCGGCGCAACCAUAUCAGGGAUUGUCCAACGAGCAGGUCCUGCGCUUCGUCAUCGAUGGCGGGGUGAUGGAGAGACCGGAAAACUGCCCCGACCUGCUGCAUCGUCUGAUGGAGCGGUGCUGGCGGCACAGAUACUCGGCCCGGCCCAGUUUCAUGGACAUCAUUGGCUACCUCGAGAACCACUGCACAGAAUCGGACUUUAAGACGGUAUCCUUCUACCACUCGCCGGCCGGGCAAGCGCACCGCGAAAAGGAGCAGAAGGAGCGCAGCCAAAUGGAUGCACUGGCGGCGGUGCCGAUCGAUCAGGAUCAGCAGGACGGCGACCAGCAGGAAGAUGCCACAACGCCGUUGCGGGUGGGCGACUUCCAGGACUUCAAGUCGAACAUGGAGCACAACUCGUCCCUGGACCAGCCGGCCGAGAGUCCCAUCGCCAUGGUCAACGACAACUCGACGCACUCCCCCCCCUUCAGCCUCAACUCGAGAUUCAUUUCGAGCAGUACGCCCGACGGCCAGACUGUGAUGCCCACCGCCUUCCAGAAUCUUCCGGCCUCCCAGGGCGACGAUGCGGCCCCGUACGUGCUACCCGAUACCGACGCCUUGGGCGAGGAGCGGGCCUACGAGAUCUAUGACCCCAGUCCGGUGGGGUACGACUUGCCGACGAGCAGGAGUGGCAGUACUGGCGGUGCAGGAGGCAAGCUGAGUGGCGAGCAGAAUCUGCUGCCGAAGAAGUACCGGCAGCCGGUGGUGGUCAUGAGCAGCUCCGUGCCGGACGACGUGAUAGGAGGUUCCUCGCUGCAACCAUCCACCGCCUCGGCGGCCAGUUCCAAUGCCAGCUCCAACACCGGCCGCUAUCCCAGCCUGAAGAGGGUGGUGGCCGAUACCUUUCGCAACAAGGCCAACAUGUUGAACCGCCACCUGUUCAACCACAAGCGGACGGGCAGCAAUGCCAGCCACAAGAGCAACGCCUCGAAUGCCCCCAGCACCAGCAGCAACUCCAACCUGACCAGCUACCCGGUGGCCAUGGGCAAUUUGGGAACGAUCGAGAGUGGCGGCAGUGGAUCGGCGGGUAGCUAUACUGGCACGCCUCGGUUUUACACGCCCAUGGCUACGCCGGUGGGCGGAGGACUCGCCAUCAGCGACAAUCCCAACUACAAGUUGCUGGACGAGUCGAUGGGCAGCGAACAGGCCACCGUCCUCACCACCAGCAGUCCCAAUCCGAACUACGAAAUGAUGCAUCCGACCGAGAGUCUGAUCAGCGACAAUCCCAACUAUGUGGCCAUGACUGAGCCCCCGGUGCAGAUGGCGGGGGUGACCAUCAGCCACAAUCCCAACUACCAGCCCAUGCAGGCGCCGCUGCACAACCGGCAGACCAGCUCCGACGAGGACAACGAAGACGAGGAAGAGGAGGAGGAGGACGACGAGGACGAGGACGUUCACGUGGAGAACAUCAAGAUGGAGCGAAUGCCGCUGAGUCGUCCCGCAUCCCAGAGGACGAACUACAGCCGAACUCCGGGAUCGCGCAGCCGGAGCAGCAGCCAAACGAGACGGUCGCCGACGAAUCCCAACUCCGGCUCCCAGGUGGGCGCCUCGGCCAACAACAUCCGCAAGGAGAACUGGCUGCGGCAGACGAGUUCGGCGCGACCUCCGCCCCCGAACGGGUUCAUCGGUCGGGAGGCGUAAUCCCUGAGGGUCGACCACCAGCUGUAAAUAUAUGGGGGAUAGGGGAUAAAGGGAGGCAAACAGAGGGUAGCAAACUUUUGCCUGUAAGCCAAGUUUUCCUAUACCCAUGCCUGCAACCUGGGGUGGCAAGUUCUGCAUAUUUAGGACGAGGAAGGACUCGUAGGAUCGUUUCCAUUAGGCAAGCACAAGGAUUCAAAAUCUAUCAGUAGACCCCAUUCAAAAUACCGAAAGGUAUUAAUAUUUUUUUUUUUUAGACAAUUUUGAUGUUCUCUUGUGGAAGAGUGUGUGGUUGCCUUUAACCAUAAUUUUAAAAACGAAAUUCAUAGAAUUUCUCCGAUUUAAGAAAACUAAAUGAAUUUAAGAAAAUGAAAAAUAUAAUUUUUAAGAACGAUCCUAUGGUUCAAUCCAACCAAAAAAAUGGAAAGCUAGCCACCCCAAGUGCGUUUUGUAAAUACAAUAUAUUGCCAAUAGUUUCGAUUAAGCCUAUUUAUGUUUACGUAUUCGUUUAGUAUUUACACAUUUUUUGUUUGUUAAAAAAAAAAUGAAUUAGAGAGAAAGAGAGAGAGAGAGAGAAGGGAAAAGCAGUGAAAGCAGAAGAAAGCAGAAAAACAGAAAACGAGUAAACAAGUCCUACAUGCAAAUAACAAAAGUACAAAAGCCAACAACCAACCAACCUAAGUACCGUUUAAAUAGACAUACAAUUCUACCAAUUAUAACUUAUAAAUCAUACCUACUACGUACAUACAUACAAACAUAUAUUAAUUAUGAUAAUUUUUAGUACCUACCAAAUCGCAGAGAGCAGAGGCGAGUGGAAAACAAUAGAAAGCAAUACAGAAGAACCAGAAGAACGAAAGCAAGAGUUACAACUGUCUUCACUGAGUUUAAGGAUACAAAUUAAUUUUAAACGCGUGACGCAAUUUUUAUUUCAUAUCUCUCGUAUAGAUUCUUCUCUUUUUAACA